GCUGGCGCACUCACUCCGCGAUGCCGGCACCACCAAGAAGCUGGCUAUCUUGGUCACGCUAGACACGGUGUCGGCCGACGUGGUCACGCAGCUCAAGGCAAGUUCUCGUCGCCACCCGCCGGCCCGUAUGGAUACCGCAAACUGAGCGUUGUGUAGGCCGUGUAUGACUAUGUCAUUCCCGUCAGCCGCAUCCGAAACGAGCAUCCUGCCAAUCUGGACCUCAUGAACCGCCCGGACCUACACUCGGCCUUCACCAAAAUCAAUUUGUGGACACAGACUCAGUUCCGCAAGAUUGUCUAUAUGGAUGCCGAUAUGGUGGCGUACAGGGCACCCGACGAACUCUUCAGCCUCGACCAUGCCUUCUCGGCCGCACCCGACAUUGGCUGGCCCGAUCUGUUCAACACUGGUCUCAUGGUCUUGACCCCGAACAUGGGCGACUAUUACGCGUUGAUGGCCAUGGCACAGCGGGGCAUCUCGUUCGACGGUGCCGACCAGGGUCUCCUGAACAUGUAUUUCAAAAACAGCUUCAACCGCCUCAGCUUUACCUACAACGUCACGCCCUCUGCCCACUACCAAUACGUGCCGGCCUACAAGCAUUUUCAGUCCAGCAUCAACAUGGUUCACUUCAUUGGUCCCGACAAGCCGUGGAGACUGGGCAGAGACAAGGCCAAUGGAAGCUCGCCGUUUGACCAAAUGGUGGGCAGGUGGUGGGCUGUCUACGACCGACACUACCGCAAAGAAACACCCCGUAUUGGGCCUUCUCAGCCGGAGCAACAGGUCCCAGAGAUCGUACAGUUUUUCGUGAGGGGCGAAUACCAGCCCACAGUCCGUUAUGUUGUCCCCGUUGGCGAGCCUCCGAGUAAUGAAGCCGGUACUUUCUACGAUCAGCCUUAUCAGCCACCAGCGGCCUUUGGCGUGCAGUAUCCCCAGCAACAGCACUCGCCCCAUCAGUCUCAUCUCCCUCCUGAGCGGCAGUCUCAUACUGAGCAUCGUCAUCAUGACCACCAUCCACAUGAAUCUCAUCAGCACGCACAUCAUCCUCAUCCUCCACCACCACCGCACGUCGCACGUUCCACCGAGUCGUUUUCGCAUCACGUGCCUUCUCUCGGUGUUCCCAGCGUGUCUUCUCAGCUUGACGAAGGGACACAUACUGAGGCUCGAAAAGACCAGAGAUCGGACCACCAGCAAUGGGGUCCUCAACCGCUGGCGCAGUCGGAUCUUAAGCCGGAGUCUCGGCCUCAACCGGAGCCGGCGCCAAGCUGGGAUGCUCAAUGGCACCCUCCGCCUCCAGACUCGAAGCCCGAAGCAUUGAACUUCCCGCAAACGUACUACGCGAUGUCGUCUGAUCCGGCUCCAUUCGUCCCUCCAGAACGGUACCCGAGUCCUCCGAAGAAUAUGUGGUAUGAAGUGCCAAAGGAGCCACCGGCACACCUUAAGGGGAAACCCAAGCCGAUUUUUCCUUGGGAGACUCACCAGCCACGGCCGACUCGGGUCUUCGCGCACCAGGAGCAGGUUGAGCCUCCUGUGAGUGCGCCAGCACCAGCGAGUCCUGAGGAGCACAAGGCAUGGCCAGGCUCACAACUCACGGCUGAGCCAUCCAUGUCAGGGGCACCGACGGCGGAGCCAGCGAGCGAACCACAAACGCCGCCGAGGCCGGACUCUCGGGGCGCGCCUCCUGCCCCUGCGGACAUAUGGUCCUCAUUCCCGCGGACCAAUGCCUGGGACAACAUGCCGGAGAUCAACCGGUACGUUGAGAAGGUGCAGAAUCAGCACCGCCGUGCGCAAAGCCGCAACCUGGCCUUGGGCGGUGCGCGAGGCCCGUACGGGGAAGUCGAGUUCGGCUGGGCCAGGCGGGGCUCCAAGGUCACCGAUUUCCCCAGUGAGGACGACCGUCCGAGCUUACCCGUGACUCCCGCGCCGAUCCGCAGACCGAGACGCGGGGGCGGCGGUGGCCCCGGCACCGGCGGCGGGACUGGCGGCGAGGACGAACAGCUGCAGGCCGCGGAGGGCGUGCCGGCGCAGUCUGACUGGGUAUGUGUGCAUGGGGUUCGGUGGGGUCCUGCAGACUGCCUCUGUGACCUGACUAACGUCAUUCGUCGCUACGACGACAAGGACCCCGCGGCCCGGCUGAAGAAGCUGGCCAGGGAGCAGUCGGAGCUGUUGCGGCAGAGACUGGGUGGUGAGCAAGGUCCGGCGCCGGAGGGGAGAGAGAUCUCCUCGCGGCCGCUGCCGCUCGGCUCGGAGGACGCCAGGUCUCCGACCUAUGUCGCUCCUGCGCCGCCGGCCCCUCUGGUUAGCCCGAAACCGGUCAAACCGCUUAGUGGGACAAGCCCGGUCAGCAAGAUUCUGGCGGCUGCCCCUGGCAUCAGCCCGUCUCCGCCGGUGGGCCCAGCGGCGUCGACGGAAGCCCAAGGUGCUACUGACGUGAUUCAGACACCCAGCUACCAGGGCCCCGGGCUGGCCUUUGAGAAGGGCGAGGAUGUGCCAGCAUACGAGACACCCGCGCUGCCGACCGAGGAAGAGCGGGAUGUGCUGGAGACUUAGGUCGGGGAGACGGGGUGUUCGAGGCUAAUGACUAACUUCUCAGCGCAGUACGCUCAGUAUGGGGGGUGAGAUUGUACAAUGUGAUUCUGGGGGGUUAUCGGAGGGCAUCAGGCUUGAGCCAGACGCGAGAUCGACGAAGAUCCUAAUUACGUCCUCCCCUUCACUGGCGAGGGGUGAAGCUGGGAGGGAUCCUCGUCCGAGA